CAGCCUGAACCGAGCCGAGCCAGUGAGAGAAGCAGAGCGGGAAGCCGCGCUGCACCGCAAAGCGACAGGAAGGAGCGGAGGGCGGUGCGGCGGCGGAGUCGCCUCCCCUUACUCCCCGCGCCUGCCUUCCAGCCCGCGUAGGCUCCUCGGAGCAACCGCCUUUUCGCCAUCCCACGAGCAGGAGGGGACUCGCGCUUCGAGCCACCGACGCGAGAAACUGCGAGGCGGCGCCGGUGCGGAAAGCAGCGAAAGAGAAAGACAGACAAAAGAGGGCGAGAGCGAGGAGCUGGUGCAAAGCAAUGCAUGGAGUAGAGGAGAACAAUACCACUGGUCUCAGAUGAUGCAGUUCCUGAAUGACCUUUGUAGGAAAAGCAAAUCCUGAUGAAAUAGGAUUUUACUAAAACGCUAAUAAAUGAAGGAAACUAUUGCUUUGGUGAUGCUGCAGUCAAUACCCUGAGAGAUAAAGAAGAGCUACUUUGAUGCCAACUUGGUUCAUUUUGUAGACAAAGAAGCUUAAAGGACAAAUUUUAUUUAGCUACUCUGGGACCCCAUGCACACUGAUUACUAGGACAAGAUACCUUUCGGAUUGAAGUGUUGUGUCUUGUUCCUAACUUUAAGAUUUGCACUUUGAACUGUUGAAAAAAAUGAGUGAGUUCUGGUUGUGUUUCAACUGCUGUAUUGCAGAACAGCCUCAGCCUAAAAGACGGCGGCGGAUCGAUCGGAGUAUGAUUGGUGAGCCAACAAACUUCGUUCAUACUGCUCAUGUUGGUUCAGGAGAUCUCUUUAGUGGAAUGAAUUCGGUGAGUUCAAUUCAAAACCAAAUGCAAUCCAAAGGAGGCUAUGGAGGAGGCAUGUCUGCAAAUGUUCAAAUGCAGCUUGUGGAUACAAAGGCAGGAUAACUGGGGCAACUUUCCAGUAUGUAUUAUAAAUUUUCCACAUUCUAUUACCUUUCUUUUCUGACUUCCAGGGACACUAAACUAUGGGACAGCAAACUCAUUCACAAUUGUUAUCUCAAAGCUAUAUGCAAUAUAAAUUCUGAUAGCAAAUACUUAAAAUAUUUCAUACUGAUUUCACAUACAUGUUUAUCAAAAAUCAGCAUUAGCUAUUUGAUCCUCUUAUUUCUUAUUCAGUAUUUCUCUCAUACCAAAAUCAGAGGAUCAGAAUUAACAGUUGGGGAAGUUGGAAGAGGGCACUGCAGUAAAACUGUCAAUUUGCAG